UGUUCAAAAUUCAUGUAUAACUCUGAUGAAAGGUUUUGAUCCACUUCAAAUGUUGACUACAGUAUAAAUAUUUAAGGAAAAACGUACACUGAUCGUUGAAGUACUAAAAUUAUAUAUAUAUAUAUAUAUAUAAACAAUUACUCUAAAUAAUAAAAAUGACGAAAGUACAUAAGAUUACUAAAACUAAAUUUAAAAGGGAAGAUAUCAAAAUGAAAGCCAAUUAAAAACAUUAAUAAAAAACUAUAAUAGUAUAUGCUUGCUAAAAAAGAGUCUUGUGCUUGUAAUAAUAUAAAUUAUAUAUAAAAAAAUAAAUGACAAAUAAAAUAUAAAUGAAAUGGAUGAACUGGGCCGAGCCGUGUGAACACCUUCAAUACUGUUUAAAAAGAACCUAAAGAUGAUUGAUGGAUUGUUUUGAUUUGGUUUGUACACGUUUUGGGUUCUGGUUUUGGUGACUAUUAUUCUAAAAUGCUAAAUAUAUUAUUGAAUAUGGAAAGAAUGAGAAGGUGUCCAAAGUUUUAAAUGGUAUCGAAUGUGUUACGACUGUGUACGUGUGUGAGUGGCUUAUGGCUUGAAGAGAUAUUCAUGCGUGUGUAAUGGAUCAAUGCUUUUCCUGGGCUACAGGCCAGCAGGUGUGUGUGGGUGAGUGAGUGAGAGAGAGAGGGUACACAGUGUGUUUGGGGGCUUUGACUGUGCAACUAAGUAUAAAUAUUUCACCCCCUUCUCCAGUUCCCUUUUGUUCAUCAUCGUAGCAGCUCGUCCCGUCCCUGUAAUCCACAGCUGAACGAAUGCAAGCAAGAUAGGAAAGGAAACACGUGAGAGAGUCAAAGAUAUAAAGCCACAAGGUUUGCAGAAUUUGAAAAAGGAAUGAGAUUAUUUUCUGAUUACAUGAUGUUAAAAAGGAGUGACAAAAUGUGAGAAGACAAAAUGAGUCACUGUGUGUGUUGAUCUUUUGAGAAAGGAUGUCACGGUUCAGGGAAACCGUUAAAGAGGACGAAUCUGGACAGAAGAACUCUAAGAUGCCUCAAAAACGAAAGAAAAAGGAAGCUGAAAAUGAGACGGACAAUAGACUGAUCUCGAAAGAUAGGCUUCCUCUGAUUGGUUCAUCAGGCAACAGAACUGCAGCAAGGCCUUCUCUAUCCACUCCCCAGCAUCCUCCUCAGGACGACAUGAGAAAACGUGGUCAUCCUCCCAUCUCAUCUGUGGCCCCUGACAGCAUGGCACCCUGGGAAGGCUCCUCCCACUCCGAGUCCUCCUUUACCAGUUUCCCCCCUCCGCUUUCACCCCUUCCUCUUGCCCACUCAAAGCCAAUCAAAGCACCAGAUCCUCCGCUACCCCUUCCACCCCCUUCUCAAAUCAAAAACAUUGAACCUGAGAAUGGACAGAGUGCCAGAGUAAAACGCAAGCCCCUCCCACCAAGACACCCCUCUAGACCUCCUCGUUUACCCCCUCUGAGGCAAGUAACAAAUCUUAGCUUUUCUCGAAGUUUCACUUUUUCCUUUUUUGAGCUGCCGGUUCACCAGUCUGCACGAAGCAGAGCGGAGCGGCUCAGAGAUCUCACUGUGCUCCUGAGGCAGUUUCAAUACUGAGUUUACAUCUGGGGCAGAAUAUCUGACAUGACUUCACAUCAGCAUUAUAUGCUCAAUUAGAAUUUCAGAUUAAUAUUUGAUAUAUUUUUGGCUUUUAUCCUGUUUGUGGUGCACAUUUCUGCUGUUGUACUGAAGGUUAAAGAUGCACUUUGUAAUUUUUUAUGAUGCACUGACUGUAUAUGUGGUCACCAAGGUGCAUUUUGUUUUUUACAGUAAAACAUGAAUGUUGUGAAAUAUUGCUUAAUACAGGUAAAAUAUUUUCUCUAUUUUAACAUAUUUUCAAAUGUAAUUUAUUCCUAAGAUAGAAAGCUGAAUAAUCAGCAUCAUUCAUUACUCCAGUCUUCAGUGUCACAUGAUCCUUCAGAAAUCAUUCUAAUAUGCUGAUUUGGUGCUCAAGAAAAAUCUCUUAUUUUAAAUGUUCUUCUGCUUACUAUUUUAUAAGAAACUGUUUUAGGUUUUUUGCAGGAUUCUUUGAUGUAUAUGUACUAUAUACCUACAGUGAGUAGUAGAAAUUCCCCAGCUUGUGUUUGUUGUUUUUGCUACUUUUUUUAGGUUGUUAAAUGUAUAUUUAGAGGAUGUGUGGUUGUGAGUUUGUACAACCUUUUUGCCUUCUAAGCACUGUUGAAAUUUAUAUUAACCAAUGAGACUCAGAGUUGGGGGAAAUUACCAUGAUGAUUAUUUUGUAGGGUGGAGACAGCAUCUGACUGUGAUGAAUUAUAUAUGAGGUCAUAUUAUAAAUCAGGCCUUUAAACAAAAGAAAACAAUAUAGAUAUUUAAGGAGAGACAUUGAGCUGAGAUACCUCGCACAGGUGGCCAGAGGUAUUGUUGAACUAUUCGGGUAAUGUGCACAAAGGUGAUAAAAUGCUUUUCUCAGGCACACAGAACAGAAUUCAGGGAAUUCUCUUGACAAGGUA